UAUAUACAUAGUUGAUCGCACAUUGCGAUUUCAUAUUUUUUUCCGAAAUAUAAAAACACGCGACAUUAUGUCAAAGUUAUUAAGAUAAGGAAAUAAUUCUGAGCGGAGACGAUCUUCCCAAUUGAUUCUUCCGUUCCAAAUGAUCCACGACCAUUUUUUGCCGUUCGGCCAAUGAAUAAAGAGAGAGACAAGUUGCCCCAUCUGUUGUUUCUAGGUCGUUGUGAUGGACGCAGAUCAUGGGCAAAAACAGCAAAAAGGCAAUGGCGGCUAUCCAUUGGACGGUCAAUGAGCUCACCGUGAAAAAUCUCGGAAAAAUGUGAUCUACACGUCGCGAUUGACGAGCGUAAAUUCGAGGUGUGGCCUGAAGGCGGAGGAGUAUUGUUGCCUGCAAAGGUAAAAAUGGCACACAAUAUGAACAGGCAAUGGCUGGUAGACAGGUGGACCUGUCUUCGAAUCGAUUAGAUAAUGCAUGCUGGUCGCUGACAGGUCAAGUAGAAAAGUACGACAGCAGGCAGGAAGGAGUAAAUGAGCGAGCGCACUUGAGUAAUGAGCGAGACUCGGCAUUAUCCUAUUCGCUCGGUCUCCGAUUUAUACGCAGCCGAGGAAAUAGAAGUGCUUCUCCUAGAAGAAAUACGCGACUUAGAACCACCACCUGCCAUAUAUUCUAGACCCGAAGAUAUUCAGGACUUCGAGAUUGCAGGCAGUAGGACAGGGGGGCGAAUCAGCUCCCAAUCAUCGGAGCUGGAUUCGCCAGGAGUCCAUUCAACAGUCCACUCUUGGGAUUCACAUGCUAACUAUCAUGGUCACUAUGGUAAUAGUGAUCACAGGCCUGGCUCUUCAUCCAAUGCUCUGGCUUGGUCCCGUGCGAGCCAUGUGGUUAUUUAUUGUGACAUACAAGGACAUCUUAAAACAGCUACGGGUGUUGUUAGACUCUUAUUACUUAUAUCCUCUGCAGCUUGUUUGGCCACUUUAUGCAGUUCUGGUACUGCCAAAAUCAGCCUUUUUAUGCUGCCUUUAGCAGAUCGUUUACGAUUCAUGAUCUUUGUAGCUGUUUUCUGUUUCUUGGUCACCGCAGCCCUUCUCUUCCUUGAUAUUUCGCACGUCAUUUACAUCCUUCCUUUAAAUUGGGCUAAGCUGAAUGCUAUAGUAUUCACUGGCAUAGGUUUGUCAUAUGCAGCAAGUAGCGCUUUACUAGCAUGUACAGUAUGGGAAUACCAUAGUGGAGGCUGGGUACCAAGACGCACACGUUCCCAACUGACUGCCGCAGCAGUAGUGGGACUUUCAUGCGCUCUCUUAGCAUUUUUACUUUCGUGGAUACAUUGUCGGAAUGGAUCAAGUUGUAAAGGUCAAGAUUCUCGUAGUCAUACACCAACACAACUCUACAAACCUGUUGAUAAUUCUUCCUCCUCCGGGGUCACUUUGAAGGAACGUAGUCCUAAAAGACCUGCCUCGUGGGCCGUGAAAAAUCAACAACCGAAGAAACGCAACACGGACAGUGACACAAACACUAGUAACGGCGGCCAUCGCGGUAAUCAUGAAAGACUUAAACAAGACGCCAACAAAAAGGACCAUUGGGCUUCGGCCAAACAACACAUUUUAGAAACACAUACGAAUAACGAGGAUACUCAUCGGGAAGAUACUCAACGCGAAGAUACCGAGAUUGAGAGGAGACGGAGAAGACGAAGGAAAGAAGGUGAUAGUAGUUCGACUGGUGACGGAAACGCACCAGGUAGCAGUAAAGUCGAUGCUAGCUGUGUUACCGCGGAGGAGGCUAAGACUAGACGAGUGCCGCGAAAGUUACCUCUACAAUCUACAGUGGAGCAACCUCACUCGUGGUCCGACGCCGAACGUAGAAAUAGUGGCACGCAAGUUAGAAGUAAAACUAAGCAAAUGCCAGUGAAUAAUGACGCACAGAAUUGUUGUGACAUGAACGAGACUAGAUCGAUCAAUCAAGUGACUCGGAACGGCCUCCGAAACUGGGAGGCAGAAUGUACAUCUAACAGCGGCAGAGAAGAAGCUACUGACGCGAAUGUGAUUAUUCGUAACGCCAUGUGGUCCGGACAGUGGCGCCCACCACCAGAUGAUGUUCAACCUUGCUCUAGCAAAACUAUCGAUCCUUAUAGCUUUGCCUGAUCGUCUUGUGAAAUACGAAGCACACAUACUUUAGGUAAAAAAUAAACCUGUUUAACCGAACAAUUUCUGUAAACAGUUUGUGACAAAAUUUUUUAUAAAGCAAGUACAUGAUAUACUUUAUGUUGAAUAUUUUCCUUAGACCGCAACUGUACUUGAAGUGUUACUUGUUACAUAAUUGAAAUCUUAUAUCUUUCUCUUGUUUGCAUAUAAACUUGCCUGACUUCAACACAUAUUUUGUAUUCUCUAUAUUAAAAAAUGCACAGUGAGACUGAAGAACACAGUAUUUUGGUUUUACAUGUUCCAUCUGUGUUUUGAACUGUGCAUAAAACCAGAUGUGAUUUAAAAAAUGUAAACGUAAGAUAUACAUAUAUAUAUAUACAUAUAUAUAACAAUCAUAUGUAUAUAUAUAUGAUUGUUACACUUCAUACAUGCAACAGGUGAAAAAGACCAUAGCCCAUACUUACUGUAGGGUUUAUCAAGUUUGUUGUUAUCCAAUUUUACAGGACGAAAUCAUCGUGUCCAAAGAUUUAAGAUCCUGUAUAAAGUCAUUGCUGCCUUGUACAUUUUGCUGCCAAGAGGAUAAAUUUUCUUUAGUUCGGGUCUCUCGACGUUUUGCAUGACACAAAACCAGACUGCCCAACUUUGAUAAGCAAAUAAUGCCACUUCAUUCCAAUCAUGUACCAAAUAAUAAAUUUAAGUAAGUUUUAACGGGAUUUUAAGUAUAAGACCACUAUAGAGCAUGUAACACCGAUAUAUAUAUUUGGAAUAAUAAUCAUUUUUUUAUCGUAUUUUGAUGCCAAUAUGUUUUGAGCUCCGUGCAUACUUGAAAAAAUGUUUAAUAUGUGUAUGUGUGUGUGUGUAUGUAUGUGUAUACACAUACACACACACACAUAAAAUAUGUUAUAAGAAUUUAAAAUUCUAUAAGGCCAUUAUAUAAAGUAUGUGUGUGUGUAUAUAUAUACUUUACGUAAUAGCCUUAUUGAAAAUUUUAAAUUCUUAUGACAUAUUAAAAAGAAUUUUGCAAAUAACAAGUUUAUGUUCUGAAAAUUUUUAAAUGACAUUAUACAACUCUUUCAAUAUUGUUUGCACUGAAGGAUCGGUUUGGCAUCCAUUAUUACUCCCUAUGAAUGAAAUAGUAUGCAUGGAACGAUUAUUUGUUAUAUUAUUCCAAUUGGCUCGUAAACUCUGAAGUGUGUUCAUUAUAUUACAAUAGUAUCAUUCUUACACAAGGACGGACUUAAAAAAUGAUUAUGCUUAAUUGAUUUUUACCUAAAGCAAAUGAUUCUGUAUAAUAUUCUCAAAUUAAAUAAUAUUAAUUUUGAAAAACAAUAAUUGACAGAUGGUUGAUUACAUUCUUCAUUAAAUUUUAACAAAUUGGAUAUAUCUAAAACACAUAAUCGUAAUUUUUAUCUUUUUUCAUAUAAUGCAGAAAAUAGAAGUUUUGCUAUAGUUAGUUAAAUUUUAAAAAAGAAUGGUCCGUCCCUGUUCCUAUAAAGAAACAUACGCACUAUUUUUAGGCAUUUUACAUAGCUUUAAAGUUACUAGAUGAGCAGUAUUACGUAUUGUGUUAUUUUUCCGCUUUAAUAAGAAACUCUAGAGUCAACUCUAGUCAUUUUUUUGUACAACUAUCUCUUCUUAAUAAUCCAUAAAUUUAAAGAGCAAGGUAUUUUUUAGUACAUACAUAUCGUAUUAGAAGUACAAUUCAUCCUAGAAGAACUAUUGAGCGCUUGUUUCUUGAUUGCUCGUGCUAUUGAAUCUCUUUUAAUAUGUAACAUUCUUAAAGCGAAUUUCUCUCUGAUACCUCGUUUCUCUUUUAUUCGAUCUAUCACGAUCUAUUAUACGAUUGAAUAAACGCAAACAUAUUAGUUAAUCUUUAUUAAGGCCACUAUUAAAACAGCUAUUUUGUCUUUUGAUACGAAUGUAAACACAAACGUAGCAAACAGGCAUAUAGAUCACACAUUUAUUGAAUUUUAAUGCGUCGACCUUAAAUCAAUUAAUAGUGUAAGAGAAAUGCGUGUUCAUAUAGGUUUAUAAAGAAAAAUAGCAUGUAAUACAGCAGCUUCGUUGUGGCAAAUAUUGAGAAUGUCAUAACUCGUGUUUUGUUAGGCACAAUAAAAAAUAACGAGUAACUUUUCUGUGGCCCAUUAUCGAUAUGCUGGGAUACGUUUGAAAGUGUGAAUAUAUCUCAAACUUAAUAAUGUCACUUUAGAGUAACUAAACGAAUAAACUAAAAUGUCAGUUGACAUUAUAAGGCAAUUACCUUUGAGUUAAAAAAAAAUGUACAGACACUGCCAGAAGAAAUAUAACGCUCUUUGAACGUAGUAUCGAUUGAAUCCAUUCUUUCUCUUAAUGACUUUUUAUCCAAGGGCUUAUAAUUUUAAGAUCUGUUAUAAUUUGUCAUAUUUGAAUUUGAAUUCGGCACAUAUAGCAGUGUAAUGUCUUUAUAAAACCAGCAUGAAAAUUUUUUUAUGCAUCAAAAAAAUCCCUUUUGUCACUCAUUCUCGUCACUUUUUGCAUUAUACAACAUUUUAAUUUAUCAUUCAUAUAGUUAAUAUUCUAGAUAAAUCCAAGUGGAUUAGCGACAAAUAUGUUAAAUUAUAACACAAAUGCACGAUUAUUUAAUUCGAAAUAAUCCUAAUUUUUUAAAAAAUAUAUGUUUCGUGUAAAUGUUAUAUUAUAACACACAUACACUCAUACUCAAUAAGAAUAAGUCUAUAUUUUAUAAGAUUUUCAUGCUUUUUGACCCACACACACACACGCACAUAUACACACACGAUGUUACUUUCAAAUAAAGGACUAGCUGUCUGGAUUAAAGUCAUUAUUAUUGCUAUAAUAAAGAUCAAAUGAUGUCAUUUGACUUCAAUAUUUGCGACAAUUAUAUUUGCUUCAACGAAGCCAAUUAAUAAAUAGCAGCAUGUUUGUGAUACAUGAAGCACUGUUUUCUUAGAAUUUGAAUAAAUUAUAAUUCGGGCAAUAAAUUUCAAUUAUGAUUAAUAAGCGCAGAUUCUUUUUAUAUACUAGGUUCGAUCGACAAUGACUUAUAGUGAUAGUAUGACAAUCCAAGUCUGUACAUGACCUGAUAUCCUCCAAAAAUCAGGCGAGCUAAAAGGAAUCGACAGAAAAUCAUUGUAUAAAAUAAACUUCUUAAUUAUUUGAAAAAUGUAUUCCUUCACGAUUUCAAAUAUUAGGAAUUUAAUUUCACAGUAUAAAUUUCUGACAAUUUUCGCUUUAAUUCUUCUAGCAGGAUAAUUUAAUUGGCCUAAUUUCUCACCAAAUAAUAGACAUAACAUUGUAUGUUUCAAGUAAGAAUGUUCAUUUUAUUUAAAUAUGUCGAAUGUGUUCUAAAAUAUUUAUAUAGAUAUAUUCGCGCGGAUACUGAUAAUGUCAUUGUAUUUAUAUAUUUAGUUACAUGUGAGUGCAUAAUGUGAUGCUGCCAAUAUUUAGAAUGAACAUCAAACUGUAGCGACACAUUAAUUGUAGAAUUAUUAGGCGAAUCGUGAAUUGAAUGUCUUGAGCAGAGGUCUGAGAAUGAAUAUGAAUGAAUACGGCUUGACAGAUUACCAAGAAUGACGCAGAUAUUAUGCGACGAAGCAUCUUGGUGAUUUUGUCGCGCUGGUAGCGAAUGAUCUGGACAAUAAAUGAUCGAUGAGUCACGUAACAUCUAAGUUAGCGUUAUCACGUAUUCUUUUAAACGUCAUUUUGUACAUCUAGGAAUAACUCGAAAACGAGUAUUAUUAUAUACACUAUUGAUUGUGCGAAGUUGUGCGUGUGACUGUAUGUUAUUUAAGAAUAUAUCAUAAAUCAUCUAGUCAUUAGAGUGAACUUUGUGUAAUGUUACUCAAACAGAAUAUAAUGUCCAUUCAUUAGUAAGUGCGUUAAAUACGGUUCAAUUGGCGAUAGCUAAAAAUAUAACAUUAUAUUCUGCGUAUACCAUUGAAAAACCAUUAUGUCACGCAAUCGUCUAAAAUAUAAACAAAAUUAUCAAAAUCGUUGUGCGAUUGAACCUUAUAAGAGAUUCAUGUCUUAUAAGGAAUCAAGAUAUCCGACGAGAGAUGUGUACAUAUAAAUCGUUAUAUACGAUAAUCUUUUUAUAAUCAAUACAUAAUAACACGUAAUUAUUUUCAAUACAAAAGCAAAGCAAAUAUAAAGAAAAAUAUGAACAUUUACGAGAGCGGUAAAAAAAAUCCAUGUCGAGCUUAUAUAUGUAUUAUACUUAUAUUUAUCUUAAUAUUUUAUCAAUCUAUGAUUAUGUGAGUUUUUUAACAUUCUUACUGAUAUUAUUGUAUCAACUAGUUCUUUAUCUUGAUAUCUAGAGCUGCCAUACACAGGAAUGAACAGAAAUUAUAAAAUUAUACCAUUUGUGCAUGCAACUUUAUAAGUACCGCUCAACGGAAUUUCUCACUUCAAUGCAAGAGAAAAAUCGCUCAAUUGUUAACAUUGUUGCGUUCAAUCUCCUUCAAUUUUCCGACUAUGUCUUCCAAACUCUUACGGCGUAUGAAGUGCUUCGCUUGAGCACUUUCGUUUGACGUAAAGGAAUAGGGAUACACAGGUCCGAUGUAACGAUGAAUCCAACCACUUGAAUGAAGAAACAAAAUGUUACCAUUACAUAAAUACGAUUUCAAUAUCAAGUAUAAAGAGAGAAAGAGAGAGAGAAUCAUAUUUCAAAUAUAUUUCAGUUAUUGAGCAUAUAUAUAAAUGACUUACUUUUGAUUUCGGGCAUACAGGGGCGAAGUCUGUAAUCAUAUACGACUGAUUUCGCCCAACUGUAUUGAUUACCAUGCACGUUUGAUAAUCCGGAUAACUCAGCCGGAUACGUUAAAAAUUGCGGUCUCGUCAUGAAAUGACGCUGUUGAUGAAACAGGUGUUGCUGCUGAUCUAUGUAAUUCGAGUAAUACGGAUCAUCGUAACCCGUUAAAUGAUCCGAGGAAGAUGCUAAAGAAUUCGUGACUGCGACUGUGAAAAAAUCGAAGUAAUCAGCGCAUUUAAUGUUAUCACAUACCUCACCAACUAUGAUUUAUUAUAUUUUACACGCGAGGUAUCAGCGAGUCAUAUCUAAAGGCUUGCUAAACAAAAUAUAUAUAAUGUAAUAU